CGUGGCAUAUUUCGAAAACAAAAGUAGAGACACACAAAAGCCAGUCACUAGGUUAGGUUCAUAUUGCAGACUUGUUAGUUCUCUCACCGCCGUUUUCUCACUGAGACGAUUCGAGAAUAAUCGAAGAUGAACAGAGAAGAAGAGGAGGAAUGCAGAAGAAACCAAGAAGCAUUCAAGAGGUUCUUCGAACACAUCCCAAGGACCGCGAUGAUGGCCGUGCUUUCCUACUUCCUCCACGGCACUGUGAGUAACUACGAGAGAGACCCGAGCAAGCCUUUCUCCACCGCUCUCGCGUACCCCGCCGUUGGCUACGUCUUGUUUCAGGUCGCACACGCUUUUGCACGCGCCGCCAACUAUCCUCAUGAGUCUCUCGUUCAUCUCGACCUUCUCUCUAUUCUCUGUGGGUUUGCUGUCGCUUUCAUUGCUUUCGCUGCCUUCAUCCACGACUACUGAGUGAUGAUGAGUCAAACCCGGUCCGAGUUUGGUUUUUUUUCUUAAAUAAAAUAAAAUAAUAAUCUUUGUAACGAUUUCGGUUUUAUUUCAUGUAACGAAUCUUUGGACAACUUUGAUUUGGGUUUUAUGAUGUACGUCGAUCGGUUUAUAAAGACUUUAUGACUAAAAAUUAUGGAAAUGAAAUGAUGAAAUCUCUUAAGCUA